AUGGAGGGCCUCCGCUGCUACAAUCUGCUCUCCGACAGCCAAUUCAAGCUGCAAUUAACUCUGACCACCACUUCUCCCCUCUCAAUCGACCCCUCUGAAUCCACCCAGAUGAGGAUCCAACGACUAAUAACCGAAAAUCCUGUCAACAUAUUCACCCGUUCCGACUGCUUUAUGUGCGAUGUAGUGAAACGAAUCUUCUAUUCCAUCGGUGUUUACCCCACCGUCAUCGAACUGGAGGAGGAAGAAGUCGCCGACCUUGCUGUCUUCCACGAACACAGUGGUGGCGGAGAUGAGGAGGUUCCGGCAGUCUUCAUAGGUGGGUCUUGUAUUGGCGGGUUAGAGAACCUUGUGGCACUCCAUUUGAGCGGCCAUCUUGUUUUAAAGCUUGUAGAAGUUGGUGCUCUUCGGUCAGGGAAUAAUGGUGUUGUAGGCAUGUAG